UUGAACGUGCGACACGUUUAAUCGAGGUCGUGAUAUUAUUACCGUCGAUAUUUUGAGGAUUUUCAUGGCGAAACAAAAGUCUAUCGAUGAUGAGGUCGAAGGAGAAACAUCGCUUCAAUAUACUUUAGAGGAAGAUGACUCACAUUUGCCGCUCACAGAGCAGAGAUUCCUACGAAUUUUGGUAAACCCUGUUGACGUUUUGAAAAGCAUUGGCCCAAAGCUCGUUCCAUUCGCGAAGACGGCUUGUGUGUAUUUCGUCGCAGGUCUGAGCAGUCCAUCCAUCUUACACGCGUCGUUGAAAUGUCUUCCGAUUAUAUGUCUUUGUUUCUUCAUUGGGAUGCAGGGAAUCAGUCUUCGUUCAGAGCACCGCUACAAUCGUCACGUACUGUUGGGCAUGAUGUUCUCGUGCUUGGGCGACGCUUUAAUGGUCUGGAAGCCACGCCUGUUCAUUCAUGCCGUGGUGGCGUUUGGUAUUGCGCAGAUCAUUUAUGUCCGAGCCUUUGGAAUGCGUCCAUGGAGCAUCAAGACUCUACUAGUGUGCUCAACGUAUGGCUUGCUAUGCUUCUGGAUGUUUUACCCACAACUUAAGGGUAUCAUGGUGAUUUGCGUCGCAAUUUAUAUAUUCCUUAUCAUGCUGAUGUGUUGGCGCGCGGUCACCCGUCUGCAGAUCGAUAAGCUGUGGAAAUGGAACAACAUGUGCGCGUGCGGUGGCGCGAUCUUAUUUGCAAUAUCCGAUACGUUGAUUGCGGUUGAUAAGUUCUAUGCGCCAAUAGUGUACAGAAAAGGUCUCAUAAUGACCACGUACUAUUUGGCCCAACUUGGAAUUGCAAUGUCGACGUGUAAACAUAACAUUAACGACGUCGUUCUUAAUUUGCAUCCAGACGUCUGUAAGAAGAGCUGUCUGAAGGAGUAUAAGAAGGACUGACUGUAUCUGCUGCAGCGACGCCGAAACUUUUGUGUGCAUAUUAAUUAAAGGUUUACGUUUUUUUACCUUUGUAAGAAGGGCUGUGUUACCUUUGUAAACGUCAGUUUAUUUAAUAAUUCUGUAGUAUAUAAACAGUAUAAAUACUGUAUUCACAUCUAAUGUCUAAGGUUAAUGUGCACACGGUAACGUUUUCAAGCGUUUUCACAAUCGUUUUCAUGCCUCAACGGUUUCAAACAUCGUCAAUUUACCAUAGAAGUUGAAGCUAAUUUAACAUGUAAAGCCCGUUUUUACUUGGAUCAUGUGGACAAGGCGUGUAAACAUUAAAAUUGACAAAAACGAUUUUGAAAACGCUCGAAAACAACGCUCGUGUGCAUUCAAAUAGUCUUAACAUGAGCUUAAAGGCUUAGCGUUUAUUUAAGGUUAAAUUUGUAGAAGACAACCUUUUUUCGAAUAGGAUGUGUAUCGACAACUGGUUGAAAUGUAGAUUCUAAGAGUUUUUAUCUUGACUGGGAAAUAGCUAUGUUUCUGUAAAUCUGUGGAUUUGAUAUUUACUUCACCAACCAUAUUAUGGUGUUAAACUGCACGAAAGAAGAUUUACACUAGGACUGUGAUUGCUUAAAAUAUUAUUCCGCGCUUCUCGUCGACUUUGGAAAAAGUCGUUGUACGAGUAUCUAUGAUAACCAUAGAUAUGAUAUUUAAUGAAUGGUGUAAUUUAAUGUACGUUAGACGAAAAGUUAGAAAAUAUAGAUUUAUU